UCCACUAUGAGAAAAUCCAACACUUCAAAUUCCUCUUCUUCUAUUAGCAGCAACACCAACAACCAUCUUUUCAUUUCAACUGCAUCCUCUCUCAAUACACAUCAACAACAACUUCCCACAGAUCUUAGCCUUGGACUCACCAUUUCCAACACUCAACAUUUUCAUCUUGGUUCCUCUAAUUCAAGGCAAUGGCAACAAAACUAUGAUUACAAUGAUCAUGGUAGCUUCUUUGUGAAAGUGUAUAUGGAAGGCAUUCCAAUUGGUAGAAAACUCAAUAUACUUGCUCAUCAAAGUUACCAUGAGUUAGUCAACACUCUUGAACACAUGUUUGACACUACCAUUCUAUGGGGAAAUGAGAUGGAUGAAGUGCAACCAGAAAGAUGUCAUGUGUUAACUUAUGAAGAUGAAGAAGGAGAUUUGGUUAUGGUUGGUGAUGUUCCUUGGGAGAUGUUUUUGUCCACUGUGAAGAGGUUGAAGAUCACAAGAGUUAAUACAUAUGGAUGUUAGAAAUGUACUAUAGUCUAUAUGACAUUAGUGGUUUCAAAUUUUGUUCUCUUGUUAUAAUUAAUUAGUUAGUGAAGAAGUAUGCAGAAA